GUGGAGCGGUUAUGAAACAUUCUGAUAAUGUCUUGAUAGCAUGUGUUUGACAUACACAACGGACAGUGCUAGAUAGCUCAACAGGCGGAUUAUAACCGAUUAUUUCCUUAGAGUGGUAGUGAUAAGAACUUGGUGGCUUCAACCAAACCCUGAUAUAAACUACCAUACGCUUAUCAAGAGGACCAGUCACACUCUAGGUCCCCUAGAAGAAGGUAAAUUGUAAGAAUGGAGACAUUAGAAGAUUGUGAGACACAGGACAAAAGUAUAGUCCGGUCCUCCACCGAUGAAAUCUUUGACGAAGAUAAAGCCUUAAACGAGGAUGGAGAAGAAGAUGGAUCUACUCAGGAUGAAAAGCUUCAAUACAAUUUGAUACAAGUUCCUCCAGCCCCGAUUAUGAUCAGUGCUGCCCUACAGCAUGUAUUGUUGAGUCUGUCCUCCUGUUUGGCUACAAGUUUCAUCGUCUCAGACGUGUUGUGCGCGGCUGCUGAUAGUCCUCUCAGAACGAGGCUGUUCUCUUCAACACUGUUUUUGUGUGGAAUCUGCACUAUCCUGCAAACGCUUGUGGGAAUAAGGCUCCCCAUUUUUCAAGGACCCUCUUCAUCAUUUUUACCAGCACUACUUGCCAUACAGAACAACGCGGAAUGGUCAUGUGACCAUGUAUCUAAUGGAGAUACCAAUACCUACGAUGAAAACAAUUCGACGAUAUCUCCUCUUAACAUGACUGAAACAUCGUCCUUACUCGGAUUAACCGAAAUUGAGAAGUUGCAAAAGCUGUCUGGAAGCUUAAUGGCUGCUUCAUUUGUUGAGAUACUGGUUGGUUCAACAGGAUUGGUUGGAGCUAUGCUUCGUUACAUUGGACCCGUGACCGUGGCGCCUACAAUAUCACUGAUAGGUCUUUCUUUGUAUAAAAUCCCAAUUAUAUAUUCUAGACCGUCAUGGGAAAUUUCCAUCGCAGCCGCCGUCCUGGUACUGGUGUUUACCCUCUUCCUUGAUAAUGUGAGAUUACCGCUUCCCACGUGUGGAAAGAAAAAGCCGAAGAAAGGAAAGAGGAACGGUGUUCGUCUUUUCGGAUUACUUCCGAUCCUGCUUAGCAUCGUGUUGAUGUGGAUGGUAUGCGCCGUUCUCACUGUCACCAACGUCUUCCCCGACGACCCUAGCAGUCUUCGUUACAUGGCCAGGACGGACUCUAAGUCGUCUCUGCUAUUUCUCACUCCCUGGUUUAUUUUCCCAUACCCAGGUCAGUUUGGAAUGCCAGGUUUUAGCGUGGCUGUGUUUAUCGGGUUUAGCGCAGCUUUCUUUUCAUCGUUGGUGGAGUCUGUGGGUGACUAUUUUGCUGGAUCAAAAGCUUGUGAAGUCGACACUCCGCCAGAUCACGCGGUGAACAGAGGAAUUUUGAUGGAGGGGCUAGGUGGCCUACUUUCUGGUUCAAUAGGUGUAGGGCAUGCUACGACGUCCUACAGUGGCAACAUUGCAACUAUAUCUGUGUCGAAGACCGGGAGCAGAUCCGUGAUGGUCUGUGCUGGAAUGAUGCUGAUUAUCUUUGCCAUUCUGGGGAAGUUUGGUGCUGGAUUGGCGUCCAUCCCCAAUCCUGCUUUAGGGGGUGUCCUCAUCCCCACGUUAGGGAUGCUGGUCUCACUCGGGCUGUCCACUCUUCGUUACAUCAACUUGACCUCGACGAGAAACCUAACAAUAUUGGGGACGUCAAUGUUUGUUGGUAUGUUUGUGCCGGAAUGGAUUAAUCUGCAUCCCGACUUCAUCAACACAGGAAACCCCGAAGGGAAUGCCAUUUUGAAAGUAAUCUGUGGUACACCGAUGUUCCUAGGCGGUAUGAUUGCUGUGAUCCUUGAUAAUACUGUGAAAGGCUCGAUUGAGGACAGGGGAAUUGCAAAAUGGCGGGAGCGUCAUGGUGCAGAUUCCAGCACUCAAGAAGGAGGAGCUAUCUCUUCGUCGGUUGCCUAUGGUUGGACUUGUAUACCAAGUCUCUACAAGAGGUUAAAUAUCCUGUCGUACCUGCCGUUUAUGCCACCGAACAGUGAAACACAUAACUUGAAAUACACGCUCGACAAAGAUCAUGUCAUCAUCUAGAUAACAUCUGUUUACAGCGCAACACCGUGUGGAUGUCAGAGAGAUCUGGUCUCGUUGUCUGAGCUUUUCAUAAGAGUUGGCAAAGAGGAUCCGGCUCUGUCAUCGUACCCCGAUGCCUCGAAUCGUUCCUGAAAUAUAAGCUUUCAGUGACUGGAUCGAUUAUUUUAUACGACGCCGUUAUAGAACUUGAAAGUUACUGUCUCUGGCGUAAAACAACAUUCACUCACUUACUAUUUUACGUAAAACCCUUUAAGACUUGCUUCAACACAACAACGCUAUUUUCCGUUCUUGUUACGACUUUAACAUUUUAUAAGUGUCGUCAUAACAUUGUUUCCUCAGUUUUACGCUUAUACUCAACACACAUGUGACGUUUUAAUUUCUGGAUAUUUUGUCCAUUUGUAACGCGCCAGUUUCCAUUCGUCAAGAUACAAGGCGCUACAUAAAGGAGGAUAUUUCAUGUGUCUAGUGAAAUAUCAUGUUUCUCUCAUCCAGUGACGGGAUGGGGGGUGGGGGAGAUAGUUUUACGAGUGACGUAGCCACGAGUGAAAGUAUCUCCUUUUUCCCCGUCAUGAGACGGGAGAAACAUGAUAUUUCACGGGACACAUGGAAUUUUCUAUAUAUUAUAUACUUUUUGUAUAGUUGUUUACCAGGAAAUUAAAUCAUUUCAUUACAAAUGUAAAACCUUGAAACGUAUAUUCCCCUUACCUAACACACAGGGACGGGUCACCACCCAUUGUAUUUGCGACUCAAAAAGUAGUUUCGUAUUUGCAAAGUCAUAAAAAAAUAUAAACAAUCGUAACCAAAAAAGAUAGGGUCGCGAACAUUCUGUAUCAUACAUAUAGAUAUGAAUAUAUACAAAAUCAACUUUGACAAAAAAUAUUCUUGAAAACGUCGAGACUGCGUAAUAAUACAUGCUGGCACAGUGAAAAAAUGGCGAUUUACGAAACGAAUGGUCUCGAGUGAUGAGUUAGUUGAGAAAUGUACAAUUUAUAACAGUUCAUCAUAAAAUACUGUAAUGAAUGGAAACAAACAUAACUGUAAACAAACAUAAAACGAAGAUCGUUGUUUUUAAAAAUGGUGGGAAACUUGCUCAAAAGGAAAAAUGGUUUUGCAAAGGGGAACGCCUAGAAACUACCUCUUUCUUCAAGUAUUUAGGUUAAUAUUUUAUAUUUUACUUUGUAAAUGCAUGCAAAGCAAGCCUCGAUGCACGCUCAAAAGGUAUUAAUCGGUGUGUUAAAACAAAUUUAUACUCUUGGAAUUAUUCCUUACAAGACGUUCUUCAAGAUAUUUGAUUUAAAGAUAAGUCCGAUACCACUAUACGGAGCAGAAAAAAGGUACAAUUAUAUGCCUGCAAGUGUUAUGGUUUAUGGUGAUUGAGGCAGAUUUCCAAUGUAUAUAUAUUCAUAUAUAAAGGUUAUCAAAUAUUGGUUAAGAUUAUUAAAUAGGCCAUUUUAUAGGUUCCCCCAAAAAUAUUAUAAUAUGACAAUUACUAUGUCAAUCCCGAUUUCUUUAAAUUCACAUCUCUGUUAAACAAUGCAAGGUACUUACUUUUACAAAAUGUAUCUAUGUACAGUUAUCAUGCAAUGAGGCACCGGAAAAAUAUUAUGCCAUCGACACUACAUCUUCCCGAGGCAAGAGAGUUAACUGACUUUAAAAGUCCAGUUUCCACCCUUGCCGAACAAUGCUGGAAUUCCUGGGCUCGAUCGUAGAGUCACCAGUGGCAAUUACGAGUUAUGUCCCUUCUAUGCCUCUCCUAUGGACCGAUCAAAUGCCACCUCUCGUAACACGUGCCUUUGCUUCAAACGAAACUGCGGCGCCCAGUCAUGACGAUCUGAUCGAUAAUCAAGAUCUAUAGAUUGUGAUAAAACGAGUCUUACAUCGCGAAGUGCAUCAAAUCACGUGAGCACCUUUAUUAAAAACAUGAAAAGAUUUAGAAAAUAUCUGUUGACAACGAUUUAGCGGUGAACAUGCUUUGCAAAUCCUGCAAUCGACCGAAAUCUGCAUGACAGUUUACGAACCGGAUUUCGAUUUCGUUGCGCGAUUUUGACUCGUUAGUCCUGCCAAAAUUACCAGCCCAGGGUGGAAACUGGACUUUUAUAGUCGGUUAACUCACUUGCUUCGGGAAGAUGUAGACUCUACUGCUGUGAAUGUACUAAUUAUAAAUGAACUAUAGGUAUCUGGCCUCCUCAGUACGGACAUAAAGUAAUCGAACGGGACCUUUUCAGGAGAAUAACAAACGCCAUGAAGCGACAUUAACUCCAUAAGUGACCAUCUGUCAUUAUUUUGCAUUGUCGAUGUGGAACUAACGUAAAAACUUAAGGACGUCAACAGUUGGUGAACGGGCCAGACACUUACGACAAAGGGAGACAAUUUGAGGGGAGGUCACUCUUGUAUGACAAUUGUUCCGUGAAAGUGUUAUGUUCCCAGCAGUGAAAUGUCAAGUGUUAUGUUCACUGCAGUCACUGUUAUGUUUACUGCAAUGAAAAUAUCACUUUUCGCAACCUUGGAAAUCUCUUUCACACUAAUAAAUCAUUAGAUGUGCAAUUUGAGGAGUUUCAGCUGAGACUUGAACGAUGAAAGGUAACUGCUUCAUUUUGGUAGUUGGCUUCUUUGUGAGGGUCCGCAGUUCUGGAAUGAUCUCUCUCCAAACCAAUUUUGGUUGAAACUAUGGAACCCUGAGAAGGCUUUCAUUUUCAGAACGAAGUGACCUGGUUGGUUUGCAUUUGGACAGCAGUUAAAUAAAAUUAAAAGACAUAAAUUAGCUUGUCAAAAAUGUGUGGCGCUUCGACUAAUAAACUGACACGGCUUUAGAGAAUUGUUACUACGUACUGAGUUAUGAUCGGGAGUGUAGCACAUCCGACUUCGAAAGCUGACAGUUUGGUUUAUUUCCAACUCAUUUGUGCAUAUGUCUUUGUGUGACGAUACAAAUUGUUAACAAUGGUGUUCAGUCAUCUUAUAUAAUUAUUACGUAGUCCUCAUAUGUAUAUUGUGUUUGCUGAACAUAUUAAGAUAUGCGUUAUUUGAUUAAUACAGUAAACGGUUCGGGAAACUAAUUUUCAGCUGAUUCGAUAGAUUGUCGUUUUUAUGUCCACUGACAUUCACGAAAAAUAUGUAAAAGCGUUUUUUAUUAAUGUGUUUUUUAUUAAUCCUGGGACGGCCAAUAAAAGAAUAAUAGAUACCAGACAAAGUGGCUUAUAACUUUGAUCUACAAUCAGACACGCAUUUUAAACGUCAACGCCAGAGAUUAAUGAGUCUCGAAGUUUAGCCGAAACAGAUUACAUAUGGCGUAAAAGGAAAAAUAGGGAUGUAAAGAGGUAUGAAAAUGCCUUGUAGAGGUCAUGGCAUGUGGUAGCAUAGCACAUCAAGUUGACAAGGGACGUGUAAUAUACAAUAUACAGUGUAUUUGGUCAUUGCUCUCACGCUGGUGUGUAGAGGAGAAGAGAUACCGGGAGGUCAAUAUGGAGGUCAAGAUAAUUAGAGUGUUCAUCAACCUUCUUGUCUGAAUUAUGUACAUUUUGUCGCGAUAAACAAUAAAACACAGAGUUUGCUCCAUCUCCUUCGUAGCAAACGCAAUUUGUGAGUGAUGUGGGUUUUAACUCCGCUUUGAACAGUAUUCCAGUUAUAUCACGGCGUGUCAGCUUAAUGUUUGAGGAAAGGCCGACGUGGUGCAAGUCUAGGAUGUUUACCACUUCAUGUGCUUGAUAUCUGAAGAUUUAUGUUACGAUCCUACACAGUAAAAUUGUAACAAUGAACAUUAUUUGUGUUCUGUCAUUUAAUAUCCUUUCAUGUCAUAUUCUCAUUGUUUUCCUUGACGGUAUUGAUUCUUACCAUUGUCAAACACAAAAUUUCAUUUGAUGUUUUGUCAGGCGGAACUACAUCCUCCAACAUCUACGUGUGAUUAAUUGAAUAAAACACUAACAAUGUUUUCGGAUAUUGGCAGUAAUUAUGAAAUCGAAUCCGUCAAUCAACUUUUGAUUAGUCUUGAUCUUAAAAGCCGAUAUGUUAAUACUCGGGACGACCUAUGUACACUGGAAGGACAAUACCAUUGGUUUUAUGCCCCAGCAUCGAUUGAAUUACUGUCGCGUUCGGAAUAGACAUUCAUUGUACAAUUGAAGUGUUGUAUCACGCAAGUUUGCUCCAGAUUCAAGUGGAUAUGAAGUUUGAAGUCUAGGUUGUGGAUAUUCUUAAGCAUGACGUUUAUUCGUUUUGGCCUGUGUUUGUGGAGUCAUCUUUCACAAUUUGGUGAUUUGCUGAAAUUUGACUUCGACUCUGACUUUACAGGUGGUGAUUUUAUUCUUUUGGAAGCCUUCUGUGAACCAUCAGACACAAAGCUUUAACUUUUGCAGACGAUUUGUUGAAAAUUGACUUCGACUCUGACUUUACAGAUGGUGACUUUAUUCUUUUGGAAGCCUUCUGUGAACCACCAGACACAAAGCUUUGACUUUUGCAGACGAUUUGCUAAAAUUUUACUUCGACUCUGACUUUACAGGUGGUGACUUUAUUCUUUUUAAAGCCUUAUGUGAACCAACAGACACAAAGCUUUGACUUUUGCAGACGUCUAUGAAGGAAUGUUUCUACUGACUAAUACCAAAAGCAUGUGGACUCCUCUAACUCAAAGGACCGAUCAUGUUUCAUAAGCGUUUUUAAUUACUUUUUGUUCUGCUAGAAAGUCGUUAUACUUCUACUCACGCUUGAAAUGUACAGUUACAUCAGAGUUGUACUUUAUACUGUAUUUAGAAUGGCAUUAAUGAAUAAUGUUUCAUGACACUUUUACUUUCUUGAAAUACAAAAUGCAGAAAAGGUCAGUGUCAUAUUGAAGAUAUCAAGACAAAGUGUUUAUUGUGUAAUGUCAUUGAAGAGGAAAAACUUUAUUUUUCAUUGUCCAUUAUAUCAAGAAUUACGAACUCCUAACAUAAUUACAGUUCGUAACAAGGCUGCACUCUGUUUGAUGUCAUUCAUGUUCCAAAAAUAUUUAGAUAAUGUAUUAAAAUUCAUUGUAAUGUAAUGUAAAUGCGUACGUGCAACAAUAUCUGCAACCACUGCAAUAUGUAAUCAGAACUAGAGUUUCCUGUGGCUAAUACCACUGCUACCUGUAAUAAUUAUCAUUGCUACCUGUAAUUAAUACCACUGCAAUCUGUAAAGAGGACUAGAGCUACCUGCAAUUAAUACCACUGCUACCUGUAGUUAUUGUCAUUGCUACCUGUAAUUAAUAUCACUGCAGUGUGUGAAGAGGACUAGAGCUACCUGCAAUUACUACCCCUGCUACCUGUAAUUAUUAUCAUUGCUACCUGCAAUUAAUACCACUGCAGUAUGUAAAGAGGACUAGAGCUACCUGCAAUUACUACCACUGCUACCUGUAAUUAUUAUUAUUGCUGCCUGCAAUUAAUAUCACCGCUACCUGUAAUUAUUAUCAUUGCCACCUGCAAUUAUUACCACUGCUACCUGUAAUUAUUAUCUUUGCUACCUGCAAUUACUACCAACACUACCUGUAAUUAUUAUCAUUGCUACCUGCAAUUAAUACCACCACUACCUGUAAUUAUAAUCAUUGCUACCUGCAAUUAAUACCACUGCUACCUGUAACUAUUAUCAUUGCUACCUGCAAUUACAACCUCUGCUACCUGUAACUAUUAUCAUUGCUACCUGCUACUAAUACCACUGCACUCUGUAAAGAGGACAAGAGCUACCUGCGAUUAAUACAACUGAUACCUGUAGUUAUUAUCUUUGCUAACAUACGACGAAGGCAUGAAUCUAUGGGCAUGUUUGCAAGGAUUUCUGGUGAUUAGAAUCAUGUGACAUUUACAUAUCUGAACGGUAUGAAUACAAUACUAUCGUUAUCAGCAUAAUACCUGCCCUGGUGAUGAAUAAUUUCCUUCUUCAAGAAGGAAUACGUACAGCGUGGACCUAUGUUCGGUACGCAUUUAGGAAUCGUGGGUAUAAAACUUUCUGUUGGGUAAAUAGAUGUACACAAGUAUGUACCUCAGGUGUGUCCAGUAGUACCUGUGCCGCCAACGAUUCCAAACGUUGCCAAGUGUUGUUGACUGUUUAUGUUAUGUUACGUUUGAGGUGUGAUACAAAUCUUACAAAUCCCGAGAAAGAAAGUGAAACAUGUUGACUUGGGAACUGAAAUAUAGAUACGUAUUAUGUUUACAUUUGAUCAAUUUAUCAUAAGUCCCUUUGACGUGGAAAAAAAGUGUUUUGGGCAAUUAAGUUGGUCUGUUUUGACGCUUAUUAGGUUUGACUGGCACUAUGUUGGCGAGUUCUGAGAGACCUUCAAGCUUGAAGCUCUGCAUUAAGAACGACUUCAGUUACCUUUCGUGGAAGCGAAUUCUAUCUGGCUACACGGAGAAUUUCAGACGUCAUUCAAAACAGAUGUAUUUCUCUGUUAGAAAUACCACCAAGAGGAGACAAUUGUACAUUGAAAUACUGCUAUACAUUGUUUAAAAAGAUGAUUAUACUUUCGUGGUCGACGGUUCCUUUGAAUUAUUCUUCCCAUUCGAUCUAGGAUUAUGAACUAAAUAUAUUCCAUUAUUUAACUGAGAAUUGUACACAACUAAACCAUGCAAUUUACUUUUGGAUUUGUGUGGGCGGCCAAAUAUAUUUUUAGUAAGGUUAAUACUAAGAGAUGACCAGCAGAAUCGUAUUAAUAAGUAUAAUUAUUUGUUUUGAGUGAGCCGCUUUGAAUUAAAAAGCCUCAUGUGAGGCAGGUCUCUCACGUUUA